AUGGCGAUCGUCUACUGCUUCAGAGAGACUCAGCCUGGUAUAACUGUUCUGGGAACUGCUGCAGAGGAGAACACUGGAGGAAAGAUCGACCUGAUGGAGACGGGGGCGUUAGCUGACCUCGACCUCGUCUUCAUGGCUCGUCCGACCCAGCAGGACGUUUCCUUCCUGCCCGGUGUGGCCCUCGAUACAACCCUUCAACCUAUGCUGAUGUUGCGUGGGGUGUCGGUGAGGUACCACAGGAACCCCUCUCAUGCUGCUGCAAACCCCUGGGACGGAGUGAAUGCCCUGGAUGCUGCUGUCCUGGCUUACAACAACCUCUCCGUGCUCAGGCAGCAGAUGAAACCAGAGUGGAGGGUUUCAGGCGUCAUCACACACGGAGGAGAGAAGCACAACAUUAUCCCCGCCUACACCGAGUUAGAGUUUUAUCUGCGCACUCCGCUGGUGAAGGAUCUUUGUGACCUCAAGGCCAAAGCGGAGGCUUGCUUCAGGGCAGCUGCCGUGGCAACUGGUUGCCAAGUGGAGAAAAUGUACCCGUCACAUGCUUACUCCAACAUUCUGCCCAAUGCCACACUGUCAAGCCUGCAUGAAAAAAACGGGGAAGCUGUAGGGAUUCAGUUUGCAGAGCAGCCACAAAACUUCUCUGGUUCCACAGACUUUGGCAACGUCUCAUUCAUACUUCCUGGCAUCCACCCUUUUUUUCUCAUCGGCACACAUGCAUUUAACCACACAGAGGAAUACACCGAGGCAGCAGGAGCUGAGACGGCCCAGUUGUAGACCCUGAGGACAGACAAAGCCCCGGCUAUGACAGCUGUGGAUGUAGUGUGCUGCCCCGAUCUGCUCAGGAAAGUGAGAGAGGACUUCGGCCUGGCCAAACUGAAACAGGAGAAAUGAUGUGGCUUCGGCGGCUCCAUUAAAUACACCAACUGUGAUAAUAAUUAUAUGUAAAAUAAAAUGGAGUUCAAGGGA